UUAUACUAACAAAUAGACCGUCCUGGAGAAGAGAGAUUUGCAUUAAAAGACUGGAUCAUGGUUGAUGAAUUAAAGAAGCGUUUAAGCGAUGGAUCUGUAACUGUGGCGUUUGGGUUGAUUAAGAGAAGAGCAAACGAUGUUUUGAAAACCCUAGGAAGAGAUUCUUCAUCAUGGCAAUCUCUGAUAAUGGCGGAGGAGUACGAAAGCCCAUCAAGAUUCGCCUUUAGUGAGACGAUGAGAUUCGUUCGUAUGUGACACGUGUCGGCUUAAAACAGUUCUACUUAUCUAUGUGGCAGAGGACGUGGCUUUACCAGGAGAGAAUAAACACUCUUUUAUAUAUAAAGAUAUAUAUAUAUAUAUAUUAUUAUUAUUAUUAUUGUUAGGAAAUUGUACAUAGUAUAUAUAAGGAUAAUCAUCAAUAUAAAUGAUUACAAUAAUUAUUAAAUGUACUAUCAUAAUAUCCUUGAUUGAUGAUUAUGCCUAAUUGUACUUGGCUUUAGUUUUAGGAUUGUGCAGUCCUAAUUCGUUUAGGAAUUGGUGUGCUUGUUAUAAAUUAAUAAGUACCCACCUAUUCAAGUGGAGAUUUAAAUCAACAAAUAUGGAUCUCAAAAGGAGGAAGAAUGGAAAGGAAAACGAAGUUGGAGGUGCAAUUAACAAAUUACCAGAGGUUCUACGUUGUCACAUCUUGUCUUUCCUCUCAACAAAAGAUGCAGCUUUAACAUCGGUUCUGUCCAAGAGCUGGCGAGAUUUGUUUACAUUAAUACCUAGUCUUGAUCUUGAUGACUCCACCUUUAUGCCUGAUGAAAGACCCGAAGAAUGCGAACGGACUAGUUUCAUGGAGUUUGUGAACAGAGUUCUUGCUCUUCACUCCAAUUCUCCCAUUACGAAAUUCUCUGUCAGAUGCCAUAAAGGUGUAGACAGCUAUCUUGUUGGGGACUGGGUAGUGAAAGCUCUGAGGCGUGGAGCAACAGAUGUUACCUUAAUAUUACUCUUCCCUUCGCGCCUACUACACACAUGCACUCAUCCUAAUAUCUUCUUCCAUGGCCAAAACUUGAUUAAGUUAAAAGUAGGAUGUGGAGGACUCGGUCCAUUCCAACACAGUUUGUUUCGUGAAGACGUUAUCUUUACAAAACUUAGAACGUUGCAUCUCAUUUCCAUUGAUAUCAGUCGUCAUUAUGGAGAUGUCAUAUUUGCUCGGCUUCUAUCUAAAUGUCCCGUGCUUGAGGAGUUGAUUGUAAAUUGUAUAAAAUGGCACGGUUGGAAAUCGGGUGCAUCAGUGUCUUCCUCGACCCUCAAGAGACUAACUAUUGAUUGUGAACAUUAUUACCAUGAAUCGGACUAUAUGUUACGGCACGGUCCAGAUGAGGAAGAUAGUGAUAACCUUGGAGAGCCCCUGGUCGUACCCGCUCACUUUGGUACCCAGAAGCCUCGCUAUGUUUCAUUUGAUACUCCAAACCUCAUCUACUUAAACUACGCAGAUUUUGUUGCGUUGAACUAUCCGCUUGUCAAAUUGGAUUCACUCGUCGAAGCUAGGCUCGAUGUUGGACCGAACCAAGGUCAGAUGCGUGCAAGAGAUUCAGACGAAUUUCAAGCUCCUUGGGAUGCCACCAAUCUUAUCAUGGGAAUACAUAAUGUCCAAACCCUGCACUUAACUUCUGAUACGCUUGAGGUGAUUGCAGACUUUUGUAAGAUGGUUCCGGUAUUCCACAAUUUGAAUCAUUUAUCUAUUGAAAGUGACGAUGAACGAGGAUGGCAUGCCUUGCCUCUCUUGCUCAUCAACUGCCCCAGUCUACAAACUCUCGUCUUCCAUGGUCUGUACCACCGUGUCACGGAUGGAUGCGGAGAUGCUUGUGACUGUAUCUCUCCUUGGUCUUCUUCUUCGUGUUUAUCAUCUUGUCCUGUGAAGAUCUUGAAUAUAUUAAACUUUGGUGCAACUUGUGGAGAGAUGUCAUUAGUCAAGCAUUUCCUCAAGAAAAUGCCUUUGCUUGAACAACUGGCCAUCGUAUUAGACUUGGAUGCCUCCUUAGAGGAGGACUUGCAUCUCUCUCAAGUCUUCGAGGAUCUGAGGAUGGCCCCGAGAGCUUCACCAAAGUGCAAGUUGGAAGUCGUUAACUAUUAGUAGUUCUGGUUUGAAUUCUUUCUGUAGCC